AUGCAAGUUUCACCUAGUGACUCCACCAUGAAAAUGGAGAGCUCCAAGGAGCCGUGUAACGAGGAAGCUUGGGAUCUCGAGGAAACCGCCCCCGAAGAAAAGAAGCGCUCCGGAAUCCUCAAUGUGAUCGUAUCCGGCCUUGCGCUCUUCAGUGACGGAUACAAUGCUCAGAUAAUUGGAUACAUGGAACCCUUGUUCUCCGUCCUUUACGUGAACGGCAUGUCUUCCACCAUUAAGUCCCGUCUCUCCAAUUCAUAUCUCAUCGGUGAAAUUUUCGGAAUGCUCUUCUUCGGUGUUCUGAUUGACCGCAUCGGCCGUCGGACCGGUGUAGUGGCAGCUACGGCCUUCUUGAUUCUCGGCGUAGUCUUGGCUACUGCGUCGCAUGGAAAAUCAGAGCUCGGAAUGUUCUGGAUGAUGAUUGUUUCAAGAGGUAUCGCAGGAUUUGGUGCAGGCGGAGAAUAUCCGGUUUGCGCAACCAGUGCUACCGAGGCUGCAGAUGAGACUGUUCAGCUCCGCAAGCGACGUGGUUUUUUGGUCGCAGCGACAACUGAUUUUGCUGUGGAUUUAGGCUUUGUCGCCGCGGGCGUUGUUGCUCUCAUCAUUCUGGCUUGCUACGACCAACAAAACUCUGAGGGUGUCUGGAGGAUCGCUUUUGGCCUUGGUAUUGUGUUGCCAAUCUCGAUUUGCUUUUUCCGCAUUCGCAUGAUCAAUUCCACUCAAUACCAGAAGCAUUCUAUCAAGUCCAGCUACCCAUACUGGUUGGUUCUCAAGCGUUAUUGGAAGCCUAUGCUUGGCACUUCCCUGGCCUGGUUUUGCUACGAUUUCGUCACUUAUCCAUUCGGUCUUUUUUCUUCUACCAUCGUUGAACAACUGAACCCGGACAAUACCACUGUCCAGAACAUCGGAUACGGAACCGUGAUUAACUGCUUCUACCUGCCUGGCUGUAUCAUUGGUGGACUUCUAAUGGAUAAAAUCGGUCGCAAGCAAAACAUGACUCUCGGAUUCAUGCUUUGGGCAAUUUGGGGCUUUAUUCUUGGUGGCGCUUUGAAGCCUAUUUCGAGUGUCUUCCCUCUUUUCGUCGUGAUGUAUGGCAUCUUUCAAGCCCUGGGUGAGAUGGGUCCUGGUGUUUCUACCUUUCUUUGUGCGGCAGAGUCCUUCCCAACUCCUCUUCGUGGACACUUCCUUGGAUUCGCUGCUGCGGUAGGCAAGGCUGGUGCCUCUAUCGGUACAGAAGUCUUUACGCCUAUUCAAAACUCUUUCUCGUCUACUGAAAAGGGUCAGCAGGCAGUCUUUCUCAUCGGUGCCGCCUUCACUGUGGUCGGCGGUCUUAUUUCUUGGUUUCUGAUCCCUGACAUGUCUCGGGAGCUGGAAACUGAGGAUGCUCGUUUCAAGGCAUAUCUUGAGGAGCAUGGGUAUGACAUCAGCUCCUACGGUGAGGCUCUUGUUAUUAAUCAGCGGGCUUCCUGA